AUGAAAUAAAGAGUCCUAAAAAUGUUAAAUAAAACUUACAUAAUUAGAAUGUAUUUAGUUAGAGUUUUAAGUAGAGAUCAUUUACCAACAAUUUCACUUAAACAAUUUAUAACAAUAACGAUUUAGAUUAUGAUUUAUAUCAUUAAGACUAAAAAAAUUAAAAUCCUAAUGUAGCAAUUAAUAAAGAAGAUUAACAAUAAGAAAAAAAGACUUAAGAAUUAACCUAAGAACUGCAUUAUCCAGCUUACAACAAUAAUAAAUAAGUAGAAAAGCAGGGGAGAUAUUCAUAAAAAAUAAACUUACUUUGCAAUUUAAACCAAAUCAAAAAUGAGAAUACAAUUUAAAAAAUAAUGA